UUGAAGUUUGAAAGCAAAGUUGCUUCAGGGUCAUAUGGCGAUCUGUAUAGAGGUACAUACUGCAGUCAGGAAGUUGCUAUUAAAAUCCUCAAGCCUGAGCGCAUAAACACCGAUAUGGAGAAAGAGUUUGCGCAGGAGGUUUUUAUUAUGAGGAAAGUUCGACACAAAAAUGUGGUACAAUUUAUAGGUGCAUGCACCAAACCGCCAAGUUUGUGUAUUGUGACAGAAUUUAUGUCUGGUGGAAGUGUCUACGACUACCUACAUAAACAGAAGGGUGUAUUCAAGCUUCCAUCCCUACUGAAAGUAGCAAUAGAUGUUUCCAAAGGGAUGAACUACUUGCACCAAAACAACAUAAUCCACCGGGAUUUGAAGGCUGCCAAUCUUCUAAUGGAUGAAAACGAAGUAGUUAAGGUUGCUGAUUUUGGGGUUGCUAGGGUGAAAGCUCAAUCUGGAGUUAUGACAGCUGAAACGGGAACGUACCGGUGGAUGGCACCAGAGGUUAUAGAACACAAGCCGUAUGAUCACAAGGCUGAUGUAUUCAGUUUUGGAAUUGUGUUAUGGGAGUUACUGACAGGAAAGCUUCCAUAUGAAUUCUUAACGCCAUUGCAAGCAGCAGUUGGAGUGGUUCAAAAGGGUCUCCGGCCUACAAUACCAAAGAAUACACAUCCAAAGCUUUCUGAGCUACUCGAGAAAUGCUGGCAGCAGGAUCCUGCUUUGAGACCUGAUUUUUCUGAAACCAUAGUGAUCCUACAGCAAAUUGCAAAAGAAGUUGGAGUUGAAAGUGAGGAUCGUCGAAAAGAGAGAUCCGGAGGAAUUUUUUCUGUCCUCAGAAGAGGCCACUCACUGAAGCGGGCAGAAUAGAAGAUAAAAGUGAUACCAUAUUCUUCAUAACUUGAGCAUAUUUUCGUUGAUACUGUACAGUAAUUACUUAAAAUGAUAAAGCCUUUUGAUUGCCUCAUUUGUCAGAAGCUUUUACUUAUAUGAUCUCUAAUUACUAAAUUUCUCUUUUGUGCGAUUCAUAUCAGUAAGUGAUGAUGAUGAUAUGAAUGGACCUUGUAAUGUAGGGUUUGCGGCCUUACAGUAACAAACAGUCAGAUUACUUGUUUUUAAUUGUUUCUUAUUGAUAUUUGAUAUGGUUAAUUCAAUACAUACGAGCAGCGUUUGGAUUCAGCA